ACUUUUUCCGAUGACAUGUGUUCUUUUUAAAGCAAGGAAAGCGACUCGGGCGGCAGUACGGUCCGCCAGUGGAAAGACAGGAGGUGACAUUAAAAGUGCACUGAGCGCUGACACCGGGAGACAGAGAGGAGACAAAGGCCGCUUCACGAGAGAGAAAGGAGCAGAGGAUGUCCAGAGCUGACUGGUCCUUCUUGGAGCACCUGCUGGAGGAGGGUCAGGAGUUUUCGACAGCGAUUGGCCGCGUCUGGCUUACCGUACUCUUCCUUUUCCGCAUCCUGGUCCUGGGCACUGCUGCUGAAUCUGCCUGGGAUGACGAGCAGGCCGACUUUGUCUGCAACACCCGCCAGCCCGGUUGCACCGCUGUCUGCUAUGACAGGGCCUUCCCCAUAUCCCACUUCCGCUACUUUGUCCUCCAAGUCAUCUUUGUGUCCACGCCGACUAUCUUCUACUUUGGGUUUGUGGCUAUAAGGGCUGGGAAGAAAAAAGAGGAGGAUGGGAAGCAGGCGGAAGAAGGAGGUGGUGGGAGUAAGACAGACAAAACUAAGAGAGAAGGGGAUGACAACAAUGCAACUAAAGACAAUGGCGAGGAGAAGGAGAAAGAAAAGAGCGGUGGCAAAGGCAGAAAAUCAGAGAAGCCUCCUAUUGAGGCUCCCAAACUGAAAGGCAAGCUGCUGGGUGCAUACACCCUCAGCAUCCUGGUAAAAGUCAUCCUAGAGGCUGGCUUUAUUGUUGGACUCUGGCUUCUUUAUGGCGGCUUCUUCAUUGCAGACAAGUUUGAGUGCACAGGGCCCCCUUGUCCUCAUAUAGUGGACUGCUUUGUCUCUCGGCCCACGGAGAAGACCAUCUUCACCAUCUACAUUCAGGUGAUCGCCGCCAUCUCUGUACUCCUCAACUUCACUGAGCUCCUCUAUCUGCUCCAGCUCGCCAUCUCCCAUCGGCUGGAGAAACGUUACCGCACCCAGAACGAAGACUACCUCCCUCGGCCCAAGCAGGUACCAGCCCGCCAAGAGACUCUGAACCUGGAAGCAGAGGCGCCAGCGGUUUAUGAAGCAGGGAGCCAGAUCAGUGUCCCCGUGCAGGUUGAGCCCGCACGCCAUCAAAACCCCCACGAGCCCUUCCAGGAUAUGGCAGUUGAGGUGAAGUGGGGAAGUGGAGACGCUGGAAAUGACAUGCUUCCCAGUUAUGUGAACUGCACGAGGGCUAUGAGGACGACACACUCACCUAGAGUGUAUUAUAACAAACAUGCGCACCACACUGGGAAAAGUACUCGUGCAUCCCAUAAAGGGCACUCAAAACAAAAACAUUAUGUAUGAUGUGGCCAGAGAGUGGAAUAUGUUGUCUGUGUCAGUGAAAGCUUUGUUGUUUUUUGUAAAUACUAUCCUGCACAUGACACUUGACUAUCAGGAGUGCAAGGAGAGAGCUCAACUGGGAAUGAAGGAGAACAACUACUGCACUGUGAACUCGAUGCCUCAGAGGCAGACAGACAUUCAAACAGAGAUUUACCAGAUAAAUGGACCUAUUCAAAAUGAAACAUUUUGAGAACACUCCUUGAGGCACAGAAAAUGAGACUCCACAAUGAGGAAAGAUUAAAGUCAUAAGAUGCCUUCAUGUGAGGUUUAAUGGCUUUUAGAGCUGAAUGUGGGAGUGGAAAACACACACUGCAAUUUGGGAGGGAGGUCUACGGAGAGACGACAGUGUGAGGGUUUCUGCGAGGGACCGACACAGUGCCAGAUUUAAGUGUAUUCCCCUGAGAUUUGCACUGUAACCCCUGGAGUUGUUUGAACUCCCCCUUCCCUCCCAGUGGCUCUGUCCACGCUGUGGAAUGUACUGGUCUCUGGAUACCGCUCUGCUCCCAUGAGGAUAAUGGCUGCACGGAUGCAUGCACACACACAAUAUGAUUUUCCCCUUUCACCCAGUGAGUCCCUCGCCGCUGAAGUUGUGGGACAAGGGGAAGGAGAAGUCGAACCGAUGGAAAUGAACAUGACUUAUGAUUGCCAGAAACCAUAGUAUUUAAGCUAUGAAUAGAGUGGAGGCAGAGAGCGCAGAAGCCGCUGAAUAAUGCAGAGACAAGCAUGCAGUUUGCAACCUUUUAGAGAAGCAACGCAAAAGACACAUCAGUGCUCGCACACUGAAUGGACUGAAAAGCGGUACAGAAAUGUACUAAUUCAGUGAAAGGAAAUUAUGUGAAAACUGUAUUUAAUGUUUAAGAUAUUUUUGCCAAAUACUGCCACUGAGAAUAUUUAUUUUUUGAGAACAAAUAAAAGUUAAACGAAUGGA